GCGACUGCGUGUUUCCGGAAGACGUGGCGGCUCUCCCGGGCUGCAUCCUGGCUUCGUUUCUGUCCACUGAGCUUCCCACCUUGGGCGUUCCGAGGUGCCGCCGGCGCCGGCCUCACCGCUGCAACCAUGAUCUCCUUAACAGAUACCCAGAAAAUUGGAAUGGGAUUAACAGGAUUUGGAGUGUUUUUCCUGUUCUUUGGAAUGAUUCUCUUUUUUGACAAAGCACUACUGGCUAUUGGAAAUGUUUUAUUUGUGGCUGGCUUGGCUUUUGUAAUUGGUUUAGAAAGAACAUUCAGAUUCUUCUUCCAAAAACAUAAAAUGAAAGCAACAGGAUUUUUCCUGGGUGGUGUGUUUGUAGUCCUUAUUGGUUGGCCUUUGAUAGGCAUGAUCUUCGAAAUUUAUGGAUUCUUUCUCUUGUUCAGGGGCUUCUUUCCUGUGGUUGUUGGCUUUAUUAGAAGAGUGCCAGUUCUUGGAUCCCUCUUAAAUUUACCUGGAAUCAGAUCAACUACAUAGGCCCAGAAGAGAUCCACAGUAAUGUUUGUAGAUAAAGUUGGAGAAAGCAACAACAUGGUAUAACAACAAGUGAAUUUGAAGACUCAUUUAAAAUAUUGUAUUAUUUAUAAAAUCCUUUGAAGAAUAUUCAGCACAAACUUAAAUUACAUGAAAUAGCUUGCAAUGUUCUUUACAGAAGUUAAAUGUGUAGCCUACAAAGUACCAACAGCAGUUAGCAAAGAAGCAUUGAAAACAGGCUUCUGAUCAAGUGGUCUGAGGAGUCAGCAAGCAAACUGAGGGAGAUGAGAUCCAUGUUACAAUGCGGAUUGAAACUCUAGAAGGCUGUUUUUCUUGUCUUUCCGCAAUGUGUGAAACACAGCCAUCCUUAGAAAACUCUGGUGCCUGUUACUUCUUUUUAUUUUUAAGGUUCAGGAGCGUCCCUAAGCAUUGGCUUUUAGAAAUAUCCACUGUGAUGGCAAAAACAUUUCCAGUUGCACUGUGUCUCUGAAAGUGGUGCCUGAACUGGAAGGGGACUCUGUCAUUUUGAUGUAUUCAAUGCAAGGGAAGCCCAUUUUCAUGUUAUAAAUCACUUCUUUGUGUAAACAUGAUUGAAAUAAAACUUUUACGGUUCUUCUGAAAUUUAAUAUUUUAAAGCCAAGUGGAAAUCUGAACUAGACAUGCUAAGUCAUCCUUUACUGGCUUUUCGUUUCUAAAUUCCUGCUGAUGAAGUAGUUUUGGUCAUUGACAUACUCUAAAAACGCUCACACUUCUUGGAAGUCCAGCCUACAUACCGUUCGUGUCUUUCGUUACGUGUAAGCAUUUAACAGAAAGCAUUCUUGCCCAAGAAGUCAUCUGUUACAUAGCCUAUUUCUUUGAAUAGUCUUUAAGAUACUAAAUGAUGCAUACCACAUGGGUUUUUUCCAUCAUGAUGUUGUUUUUCUUUUUUCUUUUUUUUUUUUUUCAAUUUUAAAUUCAGCAGUGUUUUAUUCUUUAUAAAUUAAACUAACAGUAGGUAAUACUUAAGACAUGUACCAUGUUAAAAGUUCAACCUGUACCUGUUAAGGGCUGUUCACUUAAUCAGCUGUAUUUUGAACUUUUUCAUAACCCACAAAAAUCAGAAUGUGUGAUACAUGCCUCCCAUGAUCGCUCUUGUCCUUGGGUUAGUGGAGAAAAUAUCUGCUAACAUUAUCUUACCAUAAUUAAACUGCCUAUGAUUUCUUAAGAACAUGUUUUCUUUUGCUUCCUUCUGUUGCUGGUCGAUAGUAAGAAACAACAGCUAAGGUCACAGCUUUUGUUGUAGAUAUAGGAACACAUUUCGGUAUCCACAGUACUAUUUUAUGACUAACGAUGGCACUGUUUAUUUUUUUUUUAACAGUUGCAAAGCUUCUUAACACAUAAAAGCAUAAUUAAAAUUUGUGAUAUUUAUUUAUAAACAUGUCUACAAGAUAUCUAAGAGCUUUUUUGUUUGUUUUAAUUAUAUCAGAAUGCACAAAAACCUCCCAAUCUUGUCUACAGAAGAAAGACUCGGUGUAUAGCGUAAUGGUUCAGUCUUGUGGAUUACUGUUGUAUUUGGUACUUGCAUUUGACGUUAUGGUGUAAUCUGUGAAAAUGCGACAAACGGAGACUCCUACCUCAAUAGUUCAUGGAAUAAGAUACCUAAUAUUGUGUCUGAUGUUCUUCGAAAAAAGUAAUAUCCUCACUUGGAGAGUGUCAAAUAUAUAUACUUUGGGAACUGACUUACACAGGAUGGCCUGUAGGACCCUUCCACAUACUUUUGACUGAGCCAUAUUAGUUACUUGGCUAGCUAGGUAUUUCUCCUUUUUAGAGCAACAACAGCAUCUGCUUGUGAAGGAACAUCUGUAUCAUUUAACUUCUUUGUAAACAUGAAUUUCUAUCGAAAUGUUCUUUGUACCCCGAACAAAGAUCCGUUUUUCAACAAUCUUAUUUCAGAAAACGCUAUUGGACUUGAAAAGAUUUGUAAUCUCUGAGUCCUUGGGGUAAAGGGGCUGGAGCAGUUUUUAGUUUUUAAUGAAUGUGCAGUUAAUAUCAGAUGUGAGUGUGGGACUACUUGGCAGCGUAUAUGUCUUAUCCCGAACCUUGACAAGGCUCUAUUUUUACACAUACUAGCCUUUCGACAGAAGCCCUGUCUUAUUUCUUCCCUUCCAAAAUCAGCUUUCUGUCUUUGUAACAAAAAUGUACUUUGAUUUUUUUUUUCUAUAGAGAUGGAGGAAAAGGUCUAAUACUACAUAGCCUUAAGUGUUUCUGUCAAUGUUCAAAUGUAUUUUCUGUAACAGAAACAUUUGGAAUGUCUUUCUUUUCCCCUUACAAGUUGUAAUUCAUGGUAUACUGCUGCUUUAAAAAGUCUCAGUCAGAUUAUAUAAUCUUAACGAUUGAGUAUUGUAAAUGCACUUGUCUUACUUCUCAAUA